AAGCCCCAGGGCUGCAGAUUAUUUUCACCCCAUUGUGGGAGGGAUGAAGAAUGAGGAAGAAAUGCAUAAGUGCAGCCGUAGAUAUGCAGACAAUAAAAAUGUUUUUGAAGUUAAUUUAAAUUAUUUAUUUUAUUUUUAAACACGAUAUACAUAUGAGGAUUUAUGGGAACCAUAAAUUAUGAUAAUGAUAAUUAUUAUAUCAUAUUUUUCAGAGUACGAAACACUUCCAACUCUGCACAAUUUAAUGAAAAGCUACGAAAUAUUUCAGUUUUAUUCGCCGAUAAUUGAUGUCAAAGGACGCAGUUUGUGCUCCGCUGCUGCUGCUGCUGCCUUCACCGCCGCAAACAUCGCCACCGUCUCUGCCCCUCCUAUCGGUUGCGCAUACCGUUGCAUUAGCAUUGCGUCGUCAUGCCCAAGGAGGAUCCUUUCGUGAAUCGAGCUCAGCUGCUCAAGGCCAUCAAGAAAUAUCCAGAGAUCUGGGACUCCAACAACAAACUGCACAUGUGCCGCAGCGUUACCUCGCCCAUGUGGAAUGAGAUCGCCGAGCAGUUUGGCGGCCAUGUACCCACAGUCAAGCUACAAUCGAUUUGGAGUCAAAUGAAGUACCACUACCACAAUCUCGUUCACCGCCAGAUAUUGCACAAAGAGCGCUUCAACACCAAAUGGGAACACUUCGAACCAAUGUCCUUUAUGUACAACAUAACCGUUGCCAAAAUAAUUGGCGCCCAGGCGAGUGGAGGCUCUGGAGCUGGUGCAGAACAACCAAAUGAACAGCCGCAGAUUCAUGGGGGCCCACCAACUCCGCUGCCUCCACCCACGGCCCCACCAUCUCCAGCAUUACCCUCGGCAUCGCAUGGACGUGGACGUCCAAGUGGCAGCUUUACAUGGCUGCCACCUACCACUGCACCUCCACCAUCGCCUUCGCCGACAACAUCACUGCCCAGCACUGAGUUGCCACAUUUGAUCGAACAGCCGCCCCACGGCUUGGGCUACACCGCCUUUACGGGUCUUGUGCCACCAGCUGCUAUCACUGUUGUGGCGACCACCACGCCUAUGCGGAAACUUGGCCGUCCCAGUUCGCUGCACAAUAGCAUGCGCGGGCGCAUCAUCGAGGCCAUCAAGGCACGCCCGUCUCUCUGGGCAGGAAGACAACGCAGCGAGAAGGGUCAGGGCCAGAGCCGAACAUCGGCCGUAUGGAAAGAAGCGGCCAACGAAAUGGGUCUGACACCAACUCUAAUGCAGACGCGUUGGUCCAUCAUCAAACAACGCUACGUGGACGAGCUGCAGAAGGAGCGUCACUCACAGUACAGUCAGCAAGGAUUCCGCUCUAACUGGGAGCACUUUGAGCGCAUGUCGUUUAUGCGUGACAUUCUGCUGAAGAAAGUGGAUGAGCGCGAGCAGACUCGUGAGCACAUCCAGGAGAUGGUCAGCGAGCAACAGCAACACCAUCAUCAUCAGCAGCAGCAACAUCAUCAACAGCAACAUUUGAGUCACCAACAUCCACAACACUUGCAGCACUACCGUCCACCAGUCUUACUGUCUGGAAUGGCAGAGCAUGCUCAGGACAUGCCCAUAGGUCUGGUGCAGCACCAAAUGACGCAUCCAGCACAUGGCUCGCACCCGGCCCAUCCCAUGCAUCCACAUCAUCCACAAGCUACUGGUGCCGCAGCAGCCGGCGCCGGUGCUCGACGACGCGUAAAGCACGAAUCGGAUCUAGAAUGGGACCCCUUCGAAAUGAUCCUUCAUGUGCAUGGCGGCAACGGCGAACCGGCGGCCAACUGAGUCAAGACUGAGUCCAUUGAGGAGAGAGAAAGAGAGAGACAGCGUAAACGCUAUCGCCAGAUAUAAAACCAAUUAUUCUAAUUCAGACCAUUUUAUAUGCUAACUUUUACCACAACAUAAUCGAAUAAAGGUCAUAGAUGAUUCUUGACAAAGAAAACAA